AUGUUCGUCAUCAAAGCUACACUGAAAGAUGAGACUAGACGUCUCACUUUCGAUAGAUCAAAGUUUCCUCCUUAUAAUGAAGUACAACAGAAGCUCCGAAACAUAUUCAAUCUCCCUUCGACAGCUCACACAUAUUGGGUGAAUGUACUCCUCUUCCCCGACGAUGCCCGAGAGGCAAGAAUCAUGUUCAAGAAACAUGUUUGUGACGCUGCCGAAUACGAAUCCGCUCAAGCGCCAUUUCACCACAAUGGAUUACGUGCACCAGCGUUGGUCUUCACCGUUCUUCUCGCCUCCGACCCAAGAUUGAACAACAUCCAUGGGUAUCACCGAGCAAACAGCCUUCUCACCUCCGCUGGUGAUUUGGCUAUUCAUAUCUCUGCCAUCGAAGAAGACUUGGCUAAAAGAGUAUCACUCCUCACUGCUCUUGAAGACAAGCUCGCUUCAUGUCAAAAGGAUCAAGAUCCGGUUGGUGCUGCCUUCUGGGACGAGAGAGUCACCGAUAAGAAAAGAUCAGUCAAAGAUCUUGAGACUGAAUUGAUCGACUGUCAAUCAGAAUUCAGCAAGAUGAACGAUCAACUGGACGGCACUGCUCUCCCUGAUGGUUAUCCUCCUCAAUCGCUCCGAGACUACGUUGAGACUGAAGAAAAAGAGGAAGUGUCAAGAGCUCAACAGACAGAGGAUGAGUUGGCAGCUUGGAGAGCAGGUAACGAAUACGAAGUGGAAAGUCAGCUUUUCCCUCCUCUCGAGCAUCUCAUUCCUCCCCACGGUCCUCGAUAUCGACGACAUGGACCGGGUGGAUUCCGUCCUCGUCAAGGCUAUCCCCUGCCAGGUUUCCAUCCUCCUCGAGGCUGGGCUCCUCAGCCUUCUCCCGCUCCUUCACAUCUUCAAUCAGCAUCCUUUAGCGGGUUCGGGCCUUAUCCACCUCAUCAAGCAGGUCCACGGGGAGAGAGGGCUAUCCGAAAUAUCUUUGAUAGAGUUAGCGAUGUCCUCAACCCUGUCACGCCUGCUGAUCUCGUUCCUGCAAGGGAAAUCAAGACAAUGCUCGAUAGUUUCCUGGUCAAUUUGACAAACCAACUCGCCACCACCUUUGAAGGUGCUCCAAGGGUUGCCACAAACGAACCUACCGCUGAGAACGAGCGACCCAUCCCUGGCGCGUUUGUUCAGAACAACACAGCUACGGCUCAGGCUGAUGCCCACGUCCAGACACAACCUGUUCAACCAGAGGUCAAGGAGGAGAGGAAAGUUCACUCUCGACCCACUCAAAAUGGUAAAGGCGGUUUCAGGCACCGAAGAAUCUGGUGUGAUGGAUGUGAAGAAGGUAUCAGAGGAGUACGAUACAAGUGCGAGCAAUGUCCCGAUUAUGACCUCUGUGGCUCUUGUCUUCCUCUACUCCACUCUUCGGAUCUACAUCCAUCAGCUCACACCUUCAAGGCGAUGCUUCACAGAGAUCUUGAAGAGCGAAUCAAGAUCAAUCCUGAAGGUCAAGCGGAAGAGAACGUUCGACACCCAGCUACUUGCGAUCUCUGCAAUCUUGCUAUCACCGGCAUCAGAUGGAAAUGCCUCAAUUGCCCUGACUGGGAUAGUUGCAAUUCUUGCGCAGCUACUAUUACCGAAACCCACCCUGGCCACUCUUUCGUCAAACUUCACAAGUCUAGCGACUAUGUAUCCAAUGCUUCAGUCGAGGAGAAGGAGUCGGUGUCUCAUCCUCAUGUGAUCUGUGAUGGAUGCAACGGAUACAUCCGAGGUGCUCGAUACAAGUGCAUGCACCCCUCAUGCCCCGAUUACGACCUCUGUGAGGCGUGUGAAUCUUCACCUCACGAGGUACACCCUGUCGACCAUCCUAUGUUAAAGAUGAAGUUACCUCUCAAGUUGAACUUCUCAUCAUCGUUCGAGCCUCUCAGUGAAUCUGAAUUGAGCCCUCGAGGUCAUGGUCACAGACAUGGUCGACGAGGACAUGGUCAUGCCCAUGAAAGAAGAGUCAAUGGCGAUGCGUUUGGACCUAGAAGAGCGGGAUGUUGGAGACAACAUGAAAGCCCCGAAGGUGUGAGAAUCGGUAGAAGAGAUCACGUCAAUCUUGCUACAACCAUUGUUCAAGCCCAAGAGGCCGUGUCGUCAUCUGAAACCCAAACGAGCGACAAAGAACCUGUCGUACCAGGUGGAUUUGUCGCUAGAAACCUUUACGACGCCCAGGACUCUAUUGGUAACCUAUUAGCUCCUCUGACACCCGACAACAAGGUUGUCGAGGUCGAAAGGGAACAAUCUACGCCCACUCCAACUGAAGCAAUCGCUCCAAUUGUAGGAUUAGCCAAAGCAGUCACUUCGAUUAUUCAAGAUUCAGCUACCACCACUUCCCGAAGUGGAACUUGUACACCCAAAGAGCCUGUCACUCCAUUAGACGUAUUCACUUGGGUUCGGCAUUCAACUAUCCCACCAGGAUGUACCUUACCACCUGGUGCGGAAUUCACCAAAACUUGGAAGGUCAAGCACUUCGCCCCUGGGUCAGAGUACGACUUCGAGAAAGUCAAACUUGUACUCAAAUCUGAUGGUUCCCUUGGACCUGCCUCCUACCCUACGAUCGAAUUUACGCAAGACCAAGUCAAAGAUGGUGAAGAGUUGGAAAUUACAAUCCAAGGUCUAAAGAUAUCCGAAUUCGCUGAAAGAGGAGUCGAGGUGGUGGAAUUUUGGAGAUUCGAAGACGAUAAUGGUAUCUCAUAUGGUCAACCCUUAAGACUGAGAUUUACUGUUGAGGAGUUGUCUAAAUCAUCCGAAUCUCUCAACUCAUCAGCUGUGAUUAUGCCAUCGAGUUCCUCUUCUACCGUCUUCACUGUAGACAAAACCAGCUCUCGAGAUUCUAGUCCUGAAUCCCAUCAAGGAUCAAUCUCAACCCCUUGUCAAACCAUGAUCCAUCAAUACACCGGAUCGACGGCUUCCAGUCAAGGUCCUGUUACCACAAAAGUCGACGCUGAGAUCGAUAACGAUGACGAAAGUGUUAUCUCCCUUGACAGUAAUGACAGUGAAAACUCCUUCUUUGACGUUGAUGGCGUUCCGACUGAAACUACUGCGAGCACGACUUCAAAAAGUGGGACUGUCCAUGAUGAGGAUGAAGAUGAGGAUGGCGAUGAUGAUGGAUUUGAAGUUAUUGAAGGUACUGAAGACGAGUUGACUGCUGAUGAGCUCUGA